GCGAAAUCGGGACCUCGCAAAACUCGAAGCUCACACAAGCUUGCUGGUGCAAGAGGGCGCAAAUUAGCUAAUUGCGUCGCAAGGAUGAAGGCCGUUCUGGCAUUAGCGAUGGGCGCCGCGGCCCUGGCGCCGUCGCAGCCGAAGGUGAGAAAACGAGCCGCGCGUCGCGUAGAUUUUGGCCGUGCGGUGGCAUUUGCAAUCCUGCUCAAAAAGCCAGCUGGCGACGUCCGAGGUGGCCCCUGUGCGACGAGAUAGCUCUCUAGCCUCGCCGCGUGCUGCGCGCAGCACAAAAGCAAUGGCACGGAUGCGUUUCAAGGGUGAAAAGCCCGCGAGCGCCGAAGAGCUCUCCGACACCGGACGUGCUGCACCGGACACAGCUCACGCCGCGGCGGCUGGACGGCGCGCCCCGACGGUCUCACACACCCCACGGCGCCACGUUGAGCCAAAAAGCUGGCGUUGGUUGCGGAAACGCGAGAGAGAGACGGGCUCCGAUGCGGACGAGCUCCAGACACAAAUCAGACGCUGGCCCGCCUCCCCCGCCCCGCCCCACGCGCCCCACGAAAACUCACGAAAACACCCCGUAGGUGGCCAAGAAGAUGGCCUCCGACGCCGCGGCCGCCGUCCUCGCCGGCGCCACGGUCCUCGGCGGCCCCGUCGCGGCGCACGCGAUCACGAGCGACGUGCGCAACCAGCUCUCGUACGAGCAGGUCAAGGGCACGGGCCUGGCCAACCGGUGCAACGAGGUCCAGGGCAAGGACUCGAUCACGGUGAGCGGCAAGAUGCAGAUGGUCGACUUCUGCCUCGAGCCCAAGACGUGGCAGGUCGAGGAGGAGGUCGCGAACAAGAAGGGCGACGUGACGAAGCAGUUCGUCAACACGAAGCUCAUGACGCGCCAGACGUACACGCUCGACGGCAUCUCGGGCAAGCUGGAAGGCGGCGGCGGCAUCACGUUCACGGAGGAGGACGGCAUCGACUACGCGCCGACGACGGUGCAGCUCCCGGGCGGCGAGCGCGUGCCCUUCCUCUUCACGAUCAAGGAGCUCGUCGCGAAGGGCUCGGGCGGCGCCUUCAAGCCGGGCUACGAGUUCGGCGGCUCCUUCAAGGUGCCCUCGUACCGGACGGGCCUCUUCUUGGACCCGAAGGGCCGCGGCAUGACGACGGGCUACGACCAGGCCCAGGCGCUCGCCGCGUCGCAGACGGGCCUCGACGGCCAGGCCGAGCUCGAGAACGAGAUCAACAAGGUCUUCGACGUCUUUGACGGCACGAUCGAGUUCGCCGUCUCGAACGUCAACGCGGCCGAGGGCGAGGUCGGCGGCGUCUUCGUGUCGUCGCAGGCGUCGGACACGGACCUCGGCUCGAAGACGCCGAAGAAGGUCCUGUCCAAGGGCAUCUUCUACGGCCGCGUCGUGAAGGAGUAGAUCGACAUAUCGCGAUGAUGGAUGUGGGGGGCCAGCGCGUGCCCCCGAAACCUAAAAAACAAAACUUGCA